UUGGGCGGACGGGCUCUUGGCCCGCGGGCGCUGGCGGAGACAUGGACAGUGCUCGGCAAGGACACUUACAACUGCCCAGAGCCGAUGCUAUUCGCUCACGUCUGAUUGAUACGUUUUCUCUCAUUGAGCAUUUGCAAGGCUUGAGCCAAGCUGUACCACGGCACACUCUCCGGGAGAUACUUGAUCCUUCCCGUCAGAAGAAACUUAUGCUGGGAGAUCAACAUCAGCUAGUGCGCUUCUCCAUAAAGCCUCGACGUAUAGGGCGAAUUUCAUAUUCCCAGCGAAUGCUGAACCGGCUGCAUGUGCGGUGCAGUGAGAGGCCACCGCUUUGUUUGUGGGCUGGAUGGGUUCUUGAGAAUCCUUUCUUUGCAAAUUUCAUCACUUUCCUGAUCAUGUUGAAUACACUUGUACUGAUGGUGGAAAUAGAAUUACUGGAAUCCACAAAUACAAAACUGUGGCCAUUAAAGCUGACUUUGGAGGUGGCAGCUUGGUUUAUCUUGUUUAUGUUCAUCUUGGAGAUCCUUCUUAUGUGGUUAUACAACUUUUUUCUCUUCUGGAAGAAUUCCUGGAAUGUUUUUGACUUUGUUAUUACUGUAUUGUCCUUGCUUCCUGAAAUUGUGGCGAUGGCAGGGAUCUCAGGAAAUUCUGUGUGGCUCCAGAUGCUAAGGAUCUGUCGGGUGCUGAGGUCUCUCAAACUCAUUGCACGAUUCCGUCAAAUUCGAGUUAUUAUUUUGGCUCUGGUCAGAGCCCUUAAGAGCAUGACCUUCCUCUUGAUGUUGCUGCUUAUCUUCUUCUACAUUUUUGCUGUAACUGGUGUCUACUUCUUCGAAGAUUAUACCCGCUCUACUGUUGAGGACCUGGAGUACAACCUAUUCUUCUCAGACCUACUGAACUCCCUAGUGACAGUGUUCAUUCUCUUCACGUUGGAUCAUUGGUAUGCAAUACUUCAGGAUAUCUGGAAGGUGCCAGAAUCCAGCCGUGUCUUUAGCAGCAUCUAUGUAAUCCUUUGGCUGUUGCUUGGCUCCAUUAUCUUUCGAAAUAUCAUAGUGGCCAUGAUGGUUACUAACUUCCAGAACAUCAGGAAUGAGCUGAGCGAGGAGAUGACACAGCUGGAGGUCCAGUACAAAGCUGAUGUAUUCAAGCAACAGAUUAUCCUGAGGAGACAAAACCUAUCCCCUGAAGCAGUAAAGUCAUAUCAUAGCAAAAUGGAUGACAGAGAAGGCAGUGAAGAGAAGGCCUCAGAAGACGAAUCAGAAGCUUGUGAGAGCAGUGCUGAUGAGCAGGGUGCUGAUGAGCAGGGCGUUGCGAGCGCUGCUGAAGAGGUGACAAAAUCUCCAUCGAAAACAAAAGAGUAUCCAACUUCCUCAUCUACUAGCUCUUCAACUUCCUUUAGUUCUUCCUCAUCAAAAUCUGAUUCUAUUGAUAAACUGGACUGGGAGACUCUUGUACAUGAGAAUUUGCCUGGGCUCAUGGAUAUGGAUCAGGAUGACCGUGUCGUUUGGCCCAGAGAUUCACUCUUCCGAUAUUUUGAAUUAUUGGAAAAGCUUCAAUAUAACCUAGAAGAGCGCAAGAAGCUGCAAGAAUUUGCAGUGCAGGCACUGAUGAACUUUGAAGACCGGUAACGCCUACAGAGAUGACUUCUGUAUCUUUGGGCUCAACACAAAAUAUUGUUGGAAAUAUAGAAUUCAAAAUAUAAAUGUCUAAUAAAUACUGCAAAUAAA